UUCGCAUUAUCUAAAGAUUGCUCGUUACGAAACUAUUAAAAUCGUGAUAAUAUAUAACGAGAGUUACAAAUUGUUAUGUAACACCUCACGUGCCUGACACAUAUAAUGACUUGGGUUCACAGAUUAGUGCCAGGCAGAAUAUAUCUUUUAUUGAUGGCCCAAAUCAAAGCAAAUUCCUUGGGCGAUCAUUCCGAUUGCACGUUAGCGUUUCCCACUCGGUCACUGUUUGUGUAACUAUGGUGUUAACUAUGGUGUUUAACUAACAGUGUUUAUUUGGUGUGGCACGGACUCUCAAAUGUAUAUUAAUGAGAUAUCUCGAUCGAGGAAGCGGCUGCUCACCACGACAACUUACAACUGGGCUGUGGUGGAACACUUUCUUUCCGUAUCCAGGAUUCUUUCCACAAGUAAAAGAACAGAUUUUGCGAAUUAAGCCUAUAUAGACAUACUUUCAGUACACUCGUUCCAGACAUUUUGCUUCGCCUGAAAAAAGUGCCACAUCAGCAAUCUACGAAAGUUGUCGCCCCGGAUGUGUGUGCCGGGUCGGAACUCUGAUCAUAGUUUGCAGCCAAACUCAUUGUUGCUUUGUUGUGGGCAACCUAUUCAUUUCAAACCGACGGGAAACUAUAUAGCAAGUUCGGGUCGUGAGUGCCAUAAAGUGACGUGUCACCAAACGAGUUGAUGACGUACGCGAACGCUAUUUGAUUGCAGGGUUACGCCGCAGCAAUUUCCACCACUCUAUUGAUUUGUGUGAUGACUUGGGCCGCACGUCCUGUGGUCAAGUUCACUCAGUGUACAACUUGCUGUGUGGACUUUUUUCGACGGCAAUGACACCAGUUUUACCCGAGAACGAGAACACUGUUGCGAUCGGGUAAGGGUUCACAGUUCGUGCAUGAGUCCAUUCGGAGCAAUCAUUAUUUGGUAGCACAUUAUAAUUGUUGCUGCCAACUGUUGAAAUUAAUUAGCUUUUUCCCAAAGACGUAUACGGUGCCAUAGUUGCUAUACCCAAGUUUGUAGGACAGUCCUGUGACUACAUGUAUAUAGCGAUGGUCGAAGUUCGAGUGCAGUUCCAGCUGAGUUGUUUGAUUGGAGUCAUCGGACUGGUACUAGCUGCCACCAGUGCACAUGCACUGUCUCCAUCUGACCUUACCCACGAGUGUCUCCGGCCGUGCGAAUGGCCCGCAAAGCCCCGGACCUGCCGCUACGAGUUCACGCUGGAGUGGUACUACAGCAUGUCCAAGGCGUGCUACGAUUGUCCGCUCAACCGUACGGACUGCGCACGGCCAGACUGCAUCGCGCUGAACGGGGUAGCUAGGUCGGUGGCCGUGGUCAACCGCAUGUUUCCCGGACCGAGUAUCCAGAUCUGUGAACAUGACACCUUGGAAGUGAAAGUCAACAAUCACUUGAAAAGUUACUCGGAAGGGACCACGGUGCACUGGCACGGCCCGCACCAGUUCGGCACACCCUACAUGGACGGCACGGUCAUGACGUCCCAGUGUCCCAUCCCAAUCGGUGCAAGUUUCACAUACAGCUUUCCGGCCGAGACGUACGGUACGCACUGGUGGCACGCCCACGCCGGCAUGCAACGCGCGGAUGGGGUUUUCGGCGCGCUUGUGGUGCGCCAGCCCACGCAACGCGAGCAGCAUGGGUCCCUGUACGACUACGACCUUCCGGAGCACGUGGUGUUACUCCACGACUGGCUGGACCAGGUCACCCUGGUAAAAUUCGCGGCCCACCACCACGACAACGGCAGCAACAAGCCCGAGUCGGUGCUGAUCAACGGGAAGGGCCGGCGAGUGGCCUUUACAGACCCCGUCACAAAUCAAACUUCAUUCACAGAGCGCGAGGUUUUCAAAAUCCAACAAGGGAAGAGGUACCGGUUCCGGACUAUCAGCAACGCCAUCACCAACUGCGCUCUCAAAGUCUCCAUCGACAACCACACUCUAAACAUCAUUGCCAGCGACGGUGCUCCCCUAGAACCCACCGAAACCGACUCUUACAUCAUCUACGGAGGGGAGAGGUUCGACUUUGUUCUGAACGCAGACGCAGCCGUUGGUAAUUACUGGAUGCGGGUGAAGGGACUCGCGGACUGCAAGUUCGUCCAGGAGCUGGCCGUGGUGCGAUACGUUGGGGCGCCUGAUGAGGAUCCCAUCGAGGACGAGGGGAUUGACCGUGGCGGUAUCGUCGUCAAUCCUUGGAACCAGGAGGCGAGCGAGACGGCCAUUGCCAUCAGUCAGCUAAAUGCAACUGAACCUGACGACGGAACAAGCGUGGAGCAGGCGGACGUCAUCCACUACCUUGGCCUAGACUUCAACAAGGUCAACAACUAUCACUUCCACGACCCGGUGUCGUACCCGAUCGAGGACAUCGCCCGCACGCACCACCUGUACUCGCCGCAGAUCAACCAUCUGUCCUUCGCGUUCCCUCCGUCACCGCCCUUGACCCAGCACCGAGACAUCCCCCGGGAACAGUUCUGCACUCCGGACAGCAUGUCGGACAUGGACUGCGUACGGGAGUACUGCGAGUGCAUCUACACCAUCGAGGCAAAGCUUGGGCAGGUCGUGGAGCUGGUGAUGGUGGACGAAGGAGUGAUUUUCGACGCCAGUCACCCCAUGCACAUACACGGCCACUCCUUCCGGGUGGUGGCACUGGAGAAGCUGGGUACGUCCACCAGCGUGCAAGAGGUCAUGGAACUCGACAAAGCAGGUAACAUCACCAGGAAACUCAGCCGAGCUCCCCGGAAGGAUACCGUGAUUGUUCCCGAUGGCGGGUUGACUGCGAUCCGCUUCGUGGCCAACAACCCGGGCUGGUGGCUGUUCCACUGUCACCUGGAAUUCCAUGUGGAGAUCGGCAUGUCUCUGUUACUCCGCGUGGGCACGGAAGAAGACCUGCCUCCCAGACCGAAAGACUUCCCUCGCUGCGGUAGCUGGUACCCGCACGGCCUGGAGGAAGACGAAGCCACCCCAGCACCGUGUGGUGGCGCUGUUCAUUUGACUCUCGCCAAGGCUGUCAUGAUGAUGUGCUUAAUUUCUUAUGUGUUCUUUUUGUAGAUUUUGGUUCUUUCUUUGAAUUUUUGUAAAUAUUUGCAGCCAGGUUGUGAAGAGGUUUCGACUAAGGGAAUACAUGUGUGUUCGGGAGGUAUUAUAACACUCUGUUUAAGACUGGUGGGAGUCUGGAUGGGUGCUAAUUGCCCGAGGCGAACCACCCGUCCAGACUCCCACCAGUCUUAAAAAGAGUGUUUAAUACCGACCGAACACAUAUUUAUUCCCAUUCAUAAAUACCUUUUCGGUC